UUGUUGAUUCGUAGGUCAAGCGCGAAGCGGCGGACGGCGACGCCGGGGCGCUGUUUUUUUUCGAAGCGGGUUUUAAGAAACAAGCAAGAUUAAAAAAGUGGGCGUAUAGAUUAGAACGAGAGAAUAAAGUAGAGCGUUGUAACAAGUGCGUACGUGGAGAAUCGUUCGAAGAUGCGGCUACUGAUUAUUCUCGUUACAAUCGCAUUUUCGUGCUUUGUUACGAAAAGUGAGGGCUUAUUCGGUGAGGAUGAAGCGUGUUACUCGUUCGCUGGUGGCACCGUAUAUCCAACCGGUACCAAACACGCGGGUCACCAGUUGCAGACAACUCAAGCAGUCAUUGGAAAACAAGCACCGUUCUGGGAAGGUACGGCUGUUCUUGGAGGCGAAUUUAAAGAAAUUAAGCUCACGGAUUACAAGGGAAAAUAUUUAGUAUUUUUUUUUUAUCCAUUGGAUUUCACCUUUGUUUGCCCCACGGAAAUUCUUGCCUUUUCGGAUCGAUUGAAUGAAUUUAAGAAACUGAACACUGAGGUCAUUGCUGCAUCUGUUGACUCACAGUUCACUCACCUCGCCUGGAUAAACACGCCUAGAAAGGAAGGAGGUCUUGAAAAUAUUAAAAUUCCCUUGCUUUCCGAUCUCACUCAUAAGAUAUCAAAGGAUUAUGGAGUUUACUUGGAAGAUCUUGGACAUACUUUGAGAGCUCUUUUCAUCAUCGAUGGUAAAGGAGUACUGCGCCAAAUUACAAUGAAUGAUCUCCCUGUUGGACGAUCAGUCGAUGAAACUUUGAGGCUUGUACAAGCAUUCCAAUAUACAGAUGAACACGGUGAAGUUUGCCCGGCUGGCUGGAAACCAGGACAAGACACGAUCAUUCCGAACCCGGUGGAUAAGAAGAAAUUCUUUGCGAAAAAUCUCAACUGAUUAAUUAUCAUGCUGAUUAUAUUGCAUAUUUUUUCAUAAUUUCAAGAAAUAAACAAAUCUACCCUUUAUUAACUACAUUAGUAAUAACGAAAUCUUUUACUUGCUCAAAAUUAGCAUAAUAAACUAUUUGGAUUGAA